AUGGCUCUUGGUCAGGCGGCCGUGCUGCCCGAGCCGGCGCAGCGCAGCCCGUGGCGCGCAUCGGUGUGGCGUGGAGCUGCAGUCAGCGGCGAGGCAGCGCAGCGGACGGGCCCCGAGGCCGCGGGCGGGCUAUUCAAUUCCCGCGCCGAGGCGGGCUUCGUUAGGCGGCGUGAUACGGUGCGCGCGCCCAGCUGCCGCGCCAUCUCGGCGGUCCUGCACGCCUCUGCUAUCUGGCACAGCAUCUGGCCCGCUUCGCCUCACCCGCCCGGGGCGGCCAGCCCGGCAGAUACCUCAGUGGGAGGCGCCGCCCCUAGCAACCACCCACCGACGCUCCACCGCGCUGGACGACGACAAUCGCUGCACGCGGCUCCACAGACGCUGUCCACGCCAGUCAAUGUCCAGAUCGUUAUCGACAAUGAGACACUUCGCAGAGCGGCCGACACAUUUUUGACGGGGAGAGAACUUCAGUGGCUGACCUGUUGCUCGCAUCCUUUGGCGGGCCGCUCCACCGCCAAAUCCGGUUAUGCAGUCGCCGACCUGCCGCUGGCGGCGGCGCGCCGUGGAAAUCCUGCCGCAGGCGCUCAAAGGCUGGCGGUGGCGGCGGCGGCGGCGGUGGAGGCGGCAGUGGCGGCGGCACGUCGUUACAAAACGCGCGGUUGUGCAACCUGCCGGGGUCCUGCACGGCUCGCGCGGGCGCGGGAGGACAUGUGUAGCGGACACCGGCGGACGCACCGCGUCGCUGGAAGCCGCCGCCAGAAACGCGAUACCCUCUCGAGCGCCUCGGCCGCCGCCGCCGCAGCAGCCGCAGCGGCAGCUACUGUAGCAGAGCCGGCUGGCUGGCUGGGUGUCUGCGGCCUGCCGCACCGCCACCACCAACAGACUCACCCCGCUACUCGCUGCUCGCUGAUCGCGCCCUUGCGGGACUCCCAAGACGAGAAUUCCUCCACUUCGCCCAGUGUCGAUAGCGUUAAACCCUUGAGCGUGCGCGCCUAUCCUCCAGCAGUCGACCCCGGCUUAGCUGUGGGCGUGUCCGGCGGCUGCGCUGCACGUGGGUCCCGGCUGUGGGCAGGGGGCGGGGCGGCCCGGCGCCACUUCCGGGACACGCCCACUUCCUCCUAA